AUGUUGAGCUCAUCUGGGACGCUGUACAACACGUACAGAUUCAUCCUGCUCGGCUUCUUGUUUUCGCUUUGUUUCGAUACAACAUCUGCACAUGUUGUCAAGAAACCGCGUGCGGCUUCAACGGGCCGUGUGCGCUCGUCUCUCAACGCAGAUUGGCGUUUCUCACGUUUCACGUCCAAUCCCGAUGGCCUGAGCUACGAGACUCUGAAGCCAUGGAUUAUGCCUGCUGCAAACGACUUCAUUGUUGGAGAUAAAUACCAGCGCCCUUCUGGCGCUGCACCUGGCUCUAACACCAGCUAUGUGCAGUCGAGCUUCGACGAUGCAAGCUGGGAAGCAGUCACUCUACCGCACGACUGGGCCAUUACCGGAACAUUUGACGCUCCUGGCGUCACUGGCGACCUAGGAUUUCUGCCAAUCAACGGAAUUGGAUGGUACCGAAGAUCAGUUUCAAUUGAUGCUGAGAUUAUUGAUUCAGGAAAGUCCAUCUUCCUGGAUGUCGAAGGGGCCAUGGCCUACGCUGCGGUGUGGUUGAAUGGCCAGCUUGUGGGAGGAUGGCCUUUUGGCUACAAUUCCUUCCGUCUGGACCUUACGCCCUACGCCAAUGCUGGAGCAAACACCCUUGCUAUUCGCUUGGACAAUAAGCUGGAUUCAUCCCGUUGGUACCCCGGUGCUGGAAUUUACCGAGAUGUUUGGCUGGUCACCGUGGAUCCUGUACACGUUGCGCAAUGGGGAACCUACAUCACCACUCCUAGCAUUUCAAAAGCCGAGGCAAUGGUUGAUAUUGUCGUUGAAGUCGAGAACAAGGCCAACAGCAGCCAGAGUGUCGAGGUGACUACUGAGAUCUACGAGCGCGACUCUACAUCCAAGGCAGCCAAGGGCAAUUGUGUUGCGACUUUUCCAACGGCAAACACCGAUGUGGCAGGGAACUCGAAGCAAACUGUAAAAGGUUCAGUUUCUGUGGCAAACCCUAAGCUUUGGGGACCUGCACCGACUCAGAAACCCAACGAAUAUGUUGCCGUUACCACUGUAUCAAUUGACGGAACAGCGGUGGACACCUACGAAACUGUUUUUGGUAUCCGGUCUAUCGCAUACGAUCCAAAUCAAGGUCUUCUGAUCAACGGUGAGCGCAUCUACGUGCAGGGGUCCUGCAACCACCACGAUCUUGGGUCGCUAGGCGCUGCCUUCAACGUACGUGCUGCGGAGCGCCAGAUUGAGAUUCUUAUGGAGAUGGGCAACAAUGCUCUCCGGACUUCGCAUAACCCGCCAGCGCCCGGGUAUCUGGAUCUUGCUGACCGAAUGGGCCUACUAGUCAUGGACGAGAUUUUUGAUACCUGGAAUUACGCCAAGGUAGAAAACGACUUUCAUCGCAUUUUCCAAGAAUGGCAUGAGCCCGACCUUCGUUCAUUCAUCCGUCGCGAUCGGAACCAUCCUUCUAUUAUCUCUUGGUCUGUUGGCAAUGAACUUCGGGAACAAUCCAACGCUACUGGCACUGCAACCGUCAAGAUGCUUCAAGAUAUUGCUCAUGAGGAAGACCCUACUCGAAAAGUUACCAUUGGUAUGAACAAUGCCAAUGCAAGCACUGGAGUUGCUGCAACCAUCGACAUUAUCGGUCUAAACUACCAGGGAGAAGGCAAAGGUGUCUCUUGGCGAAGCUCAUUCCCCGAUUUCAAGAACGCAUUUCCCGAGAAGAUGAUUUGGAGUACCGAGUCUGCUUCUACUAUCAGUUCUCGUGGCAAGUACCUGUUCCCUGUCACUUCCAACAAGAGCGCAGUAAUCGGCGGAGGGCCUGGCGAAGGCGGAGAUCCUGUGACGAAUCAGAUUAGUUCUUACGAUCUCUACGCACCGGAAUGGGCCGCAUCCCCAGACAAAGUCUUCCAAAUGCAAGACAUGCACCCUUAUGUUGCAGGAGAGUUCGUCUGGACUGGAUGGGAUUACAUUGGUGAGCCCACGCCAUAUGCCAAUGUAAGCCGUAGCUCCUAUUUUGGUAUCAUCGAUCUCGCAGGUUUCAAGAAGGACCGCUUCUAUCUCUACCAAUCCCGCUGGAGGUCUGAUCUUCCCAUGGCACAUAUUCUGCCUCACUGGACCUGGCCAGAGGACCGUACUGGCGAGACCACCCCUGUGCACGUAUACAGCUCUGGUGAUGCAGCCGAACUCUUCGUAAACGGUGUUUCUGCUGGUCGCAAGGAAAAGGCAGAAUACGAAUACCGCUUCCGUUGGGAUGAUAUCAAGUACAGUCCUGGCAACGUCACCGUAGUAACUUACAAGGAUGGUGCAGAAUGGGCAACCGCAUCACAAGUUACAGCGGGAUCUGCCGCCUCGCUCAACAUCACUGCAGACCGUUCUACCAUCACUGGUGACGGCUACGACCUUUCUUUCGUCUCUGUGGCCGUACAUGAUAGCCAGGGUACUCUCGUUCCGACGGCCGACCACGCAAUCAGCUUCAAGGUCACAUCCGGCCCUGGUAUCAUUGUUAGCACGGAUAACGGCGACCCAACAGAUCUGGUGCCGUUCCCAAAGACGACAAGGAAAGCUUUCGGCGGUUUGGCGCUGGCUAUUGUAAGGAGUGAGGCUGGUGCAACCGGAGAGAUUGUGGUUGAAGCCACGGCGGAGGGCCUGGAGGGCGGCAGUGUGACUAUUACUGCUGCCUGA